UACAAGUAAGAUUAAGUUCAUUGGCAAUACCUACUUUCACUUUUUCAAGUACUAAACUUCUUUACCUUAGAUUUCCAAGUUCUCUGAGAUCUUCCUCCUCUUCCCUUUUGAAGCAUACAUCUAUCGAAAACAACAAUGGCUAUCCGCCUGCCUCGUAUCAUUAACUCUAAGAAGGUUCCCAAGGGCUACUUUGCAGUUUAUGUUGGAGAAAACCAGAAGAGGUUCGUGAUACCGGUGUCGUUCUUAAACCAGCCUUCAUUUCAAGAUUUGCUAGGCAUGUCACAAGAAGAGUUCGGAUAUAGUCAUCCUACUGGUGGUCUCACGAUUCCCUGCAAUGAAGACACCUUUCUCGAAGUUACCUCUCGCUUGUAGUAAUUGUGAGAUGAUUAACACAAAUCAGGUGAUACAAUUUUGUAAAGUAAACAUCACUAAUACAUGUAAACAUUUUUUUCUCCAUCCUUUUUGCCUUGGAGAGCUGAUAUAAGUCUCCCCGGGUGGAGAACUAGAGAUGGUGAUUAGUGUAACACUCCUAUCCAUCAGUAAUGAUAGUUCAAAACACAUCAUUCAAUUGUCA